AUGGAAGAAAUUCUUUUUUUAAUAUCAUUGGCGACGACGCUGAAGGUCAUUAAGGAGGCAAAUUAUAAAAAGACUGGUCUAAUUGUAAAUAAAUUUAUUAUUGACAGUUUCUGUAUUGACGAAUUAUUUUCUGGAGAAAAUAACUACAAAUGCUUUGCGGGAUGUCUAGUGUUUAGGUCUAACGAUUUUCGUAAUUUUUAUUAUUUUGCUUUCUUUUUGUUGUCAUCAUUCGUCACUGAUAUUGUUAUAUGCCCUUAUUCCGUAAAUGCAACACGAAUUCACUCAUGCAGAUCUGUUUGUUUUCUACCUUUAGUAAGCAUAAAUUGGAUUUUAUUAAUUGCUUCUGGUGAUACCAGCGUUUUCUUUUUUAAAAGUAUCGUGGACCCUACAAACUCUGGUCUAAAGAAAAAUGUUGUUACAAUAAAGAUUUCAAUUUAUGUCCACAUUGAAGUGCAAAACCAUUUUUUUCGUAUAGUAGGAAUGAUAAAGCAGAGCGAUUAUUAUUUAUUUAAAAAUACAAAGCUUGUACGUGCUGUUUAUCGCAUAAUACUUUAUCUUUGGAAAACUUUGAACAACCAUAUAAAAAUCAAAGCGGACUACAAAAGUAAUGAAGGUGUAGAUCUGACAAGUAUGUACCCCAAUUCCUGUAUUUUACAAAAACUUAGAGAUGAACCUGGAGUUUUGUUGUUUCAAUGUAAUUCAAAUGACAAUUUUUCAUAUUUUUUAGAGUGUUACCCUAUUGUCAAAAUAAUUGUGUUCACUUUAGCAUUUAUAUUAUGUGAUAUGGCUAAGAAGAAAAGUCGCCGUAGGAAUGGUUAUUUAAAAUAUAUGUUUUUGAGAUGGUGA